AGAGGAUCCACGAGCCAAAUAAUCUAUGCAGGCGGCCGCCAAGUAGUCCAUCCAUGUGGAGAAAAUAUAAAAAUGGGAGGCCCACUUCUAUUUUCAGGGCUCCCUCGUAAAGAGUCAAAAUCAAAGAGGGACAACUACAAUCUACGGAUAAUCCUCACCUUUGUGUAAUAUUCUCUCCUCCUCAUUCACAUCAAUAUCAAAUACAAAAUUUAAUGGCUGAAAGCUGGUACACCGAGACUUCCAGAGUUUUCGGAAUGGCAUAAAAACCUCACCUUCGCACAAAGAUAAUUUCAACCCAAUGCUCUGACCCAAAGAAUGUGUCUCUCUUUUCAUUUUAUUUGACUUCUUUGUUUUCGGACGUGAAAAACUAAUGAAACCGCGUUAAGUUUAUUUAUAACAUUUGUUUUACAUGCUUAAGGAGAAAAUGGCGUCCCCUGCCCUCCGCAAUAUUUUUCUUCGCCUUCCAAGUUAUGGCACUUUGGUUCAAUUUAUGGAGAGAUUCUGACGUUUUUGAGCCGAUGAACGUCUUUUGGAGGUGUCAGUCGUCCAGACCAGAUCGCAAGCUUGUUAACGCAUCCAAACACGGCCCAAUUCGGUGCAAAAUUGAAAGCGGAAAACGAAAAUCAUAAGAAUUGGAAAUUGGGUGGGAGUUCUCUUUGUUUUGUACCAGAGAAGGAUUCAAAUUUAAAUACAGCAGACAGUUUGCAUCUAAGGAAUGCAUCUCUCGUCUCUUUUUAAAGAAUUUUUGAUCUGACAAGCUCAGAUGCAGGUUCAGACUGUUAAAACAUGCAAGCGAAAGGAGUUACUUCAGAAGCUUUUAGAGUGAGUGUUUCAAGUGCCCCUAGUUCUUCAAGUCAAGGUUCUGCCCAAGAUGAUGCUGAUGCCUUGGGGGAUCUUUAUGUGUGGGGAGAGGGUAUUUGGGAUGGGUUCCUGGGAGGUGGAACUGAAAAAGGUGUGAGUGCUUCAGGUGCAAACACAGAUGCGCUUUUACCAAAGCCUUUAGAAUCAGCUUUCUUUUUAGAUGUUCACCAUAUUGCUUGUGGCAUUAGACAUGCUGCUCUUGUUACAAGACAUGGAGAAGUAUUUACCUGGGGGGAGGAGUCUGGAGGCCGUCUUGGUCAUGGAGUGGCUUCAGAUGUUUGGCAACCGCGGCUUGUUGAAGCAUUGGCUAAUAAUUUUGUUGAUUUUGUUGCUUGUGGUGAAUAUCACACAUGUGCAGUCACAAUGACAGGUGAGUUGUUUACAUGGGGUGAUGGUAGCCACAAUGUUGGUCUUCUUGGACACGGUAAUGAUGUGAGUCAUUGGAUACCAAAGAAGAUUUUUGGUACUCUAGAUGGAAUCCAUGUCUCCUCUGUUUCUUGUGGUCCUUGGCAUACAGCAUUGGUAACCUCUACUGGGCAGCUGUUUACAUUUGGUGAUGGAACAUUUGGAAUCUUGGGUCAUGGGGAUCGCAAGAGUGUGUCAUAUCCAAGAGAAGUGGAGUCUCUAAAGGAUCUAAGAACUGUUGGAAUUGCUUGUGGUGUGUGGCACACUGCUGCAGUGGUAGAGGUCAUUGUUGGACAUUCCAGUGCAAGCUCCUCAGGAAAAUUGUUCACAUGGGGUGAUGGAGAUAAAGGUCGACUUGGUCAUGGGGAUAAAGAGAUAAAGCUUGUACCGACAUGCGUGCCAGCACUCAUAGAUUAUAACUUUCGACAACUUGCAUGUGGUCAUAGUCUUACUGUAGGCCUGACAACUUCAGGUCAGGUUUUUACAAUGGGAAGUACUGUAUAUGGUCAGCUUGGGAAUCCCCAAUCUGAUGGCAAGUUGCCUUGUUCGGUAGAAGGGAAACUGGCAGAUGAGAGAGUUGAGGAGAUAUCUUGUGGAGCAUACCAUGUUGCAGCUUUGACGUCAAAAAAUGAGGUUUAUACUUGGGGGAAAGGAGCUAAUGGAAGAUUGGGCCAUGGGGAUGUAGAAGAUCGCAAAAUACCUACACAAGUUGAGGCUUUAAAAGAUAAACAUGUCAAGAACAUUGCUUGUGGCUCCAAUUUUACUGCAGCCAUAUGCCUUCACAAGUGGGUUUCAGGGGCAGAUCAACCAGUGUGUUCAGGAUGCAGGCAAUCUUUUGGAUUUACAAGAAAGCGUCACCAUUGCUAUAAUUGUGGUUUAGUUCACUGUCAUUCAUGUAGUUCUAGAAAGGCCAUGAAGGCUGCACUGGCACCAAAUCCAAAUAAACCACACCGUGUAUGUGAUUCUUGUUUUGUCAAAUUGAAGAAAGCAUCAGAACUUGCAAUAGUAUCUUAUAAUAACAAACGAAACAUGCUUCCUAGGCAUUUGAAUGAUACAAGAGAUAGACCAGAAAAAUCAGAAAGGAGAGGUUCAAAGACACAAUUGCUGACUCUGGAAGUAAAGACCCAUGGUAACAAGCGUGGUAAGAAGCUGGAAUCAUCAUCCCAAGUACUUCCUUUGCUACAGCUAAAGGAUAUUACCAUCUCAAACUUACUUGAUUCACAACAAGCACUAUCAAAAGCAGUUAUUUCAAUUCCACAGUCAAAAAAUAACUUACGAUCAAUAUCACCAUUCACAAGGAGAUCUAGUCCACCUCGUUCUGCAACACCAACUCCAACAAUGGGAGGCCUUGCUUCUUCCAAAGGUCUGGUUGAAGACCUUAAGAAGACGAAUCAAGUUUUGAGUGAAGAAGUCCUGAAGUUGCGAGAGCAGGUUGAGAUCUUGAGACAGAGAUGCAAACAACAAGAAUCAGAUCUGGAACAGGCAGCAAAGAAGGCGCAAGAAGCAAUAUCUUUUGCUGCAGCAGAAUCUCGUAAAUGCAAAGCUGCAAAGGAAGCGAUCAAAUCCUUGAGUGCACAGCUAAAUUAUAUGGCAGAGAAGAUGCCAGUUGGUGUCUAUGAGAACGAGAGGCCAAGGCCAGCUUAUUUGCUUGCCCCACCCUUGAAUGGUAUACACCAUACUACCAUUCUGAACCCAAAUCAGACAGUUGACACAGAAAUUCAACAUACAGUUCUUCCAGAAUAUGAACGUGUUACUGCUUCUACAACUGAUCAUGGUGAUGUGGCUGGUAUCAUUUCUCAACGUUCUUUUCACAGUGGUCCUUUAACUGGAGCUCAAGAUCACAUGGAACUGCAAAGUACAAGGUCUCUUAAUGAUGAUGAAAGGCAGAUUACAGCUCACCAAAGCAUAGAUAAUUCAUUGAAUAGACUUUCUGCGGGAGAGAAUGGUCCUGAAGUUGAGAGAGAGUGGGUUGAACAAGAUGAGCCUGGUGUUUACUUGACGCUCAUGUUACUCAAAAAUGGCACUAAAGGCCUCAGACGAGUGAGAUUCAGUCGCAAAAGAUUUAGUGAGCGGCAAGCUGAAGUUUGGUGGUCAGACAAUCGUGCAAGGGUAAUUGAAAAGUAUGAUGUUAGGGGGGUUGACAAGUCAGUGAAUGGGGGCUCCACACAGUCAUUGCCUUUCAAGGCAGAUAGUGUUGCAUCAUCACACCAAGUGUAACUCAGUAAACACAUGAUUUCAAGUUUUGAUUCCAAGUCUGCUCAUCUCUUCAUCUUUAACUCAGUUAUCAGGUGACAACAAAUUUUGAUUGAGAGAGUUAGUUGUUUUAAUGGACCAUGCCAUUUCCAUUGCUUGACAAAUAGUGUAACAAUUAUGUAGCACAUUAGCUGUGGAAUAAUUAAGUCACAUUAGCAAAUGGGAAAAAUGCUAUGAAUUUUACAAGUGGCAUUCCAUGAGUUUAAUGCUACACCUUCAAACAGCAUGUAGUGAAGCAGCAUGAACAGUUCUUAUUGAUAUUGGCUGCAUUUAAUAGGCUGAUGCUGCUCUUCAUCUUGCUUGCAAGUUCGAAGUUAAGGAAGCAUUUCACCCUGAUUUUUCAGAGAUAUUGAGAAAGAAGAACGCAGCAUCCAUUGUAUUCCACAAUUGUAUCAGAAGCAGAUUUAAUCCAAGCAUGUUAUACCUAUAGUCAGCACUGAUAUAUAUUGCAAUCAUUUGGUAGAGUCCAGACAAAGUUACCCAUCGUUCUUGUGCUUCUGAAGAGAGCAAGUUCUUAGAUUGUAAUGGGAGGCAUUCUUGUAUGAUAUAUAUUUAUUCAAUCCACAGAACAAAUUUAUAUUCAAUGAUCUUGACCACCAUUUGUGGUGAUCGUAAAUUGUAAUAUAGGGCUGUGUAGGUUGCUACACUGUCCUAUUGUACACACUAUGCAAUCAAAUGCUGCUCUUGUGCAGAUUUUCUUAGCUAUUUGGUGUGCAGCCAAAAGCUAUUC